AUGUCUGACUUGAAAAAAGAACCGCACUCCUACAUUCUCGUACGAAGUGCGACUGAAGCACAACGGUUGGAAAGACAAUACAACGCCUGGCAGGCAAAUAUCAAGUAUCUUUUGAAUCCCGCAAUAGCCGUUCACGAUGACAUGCGUAUUGCAGAUAUUGGGACUGGAACUGCGUGUGUCGAAAUCUUGCAGCAGAUCAAAGCAUUUUAUUUACUAAAUGAUGGAACAUUCAGGAUAUGGCUAAAGGAUCUGUCGGCCAAUUUACCAAGCACCUGUCAACUCCACGGAUUCGAUAUCUCGAACACGAUGUUUCCCGCGAAAGACAGCUUACCAUCAAACAUCACGCUUUUCGAGCAGAAUAUGUUGGAGUCCUUUCCGACGCAAUUUCGAGGAUUUUAUGAUGUCGUCAAUGUGCGACUCAUGAUUGUAGCCCUGUCUUCUGAUCAGUGGGGGACUGCAGUGCAGAAUCUCAUGACUUUACUACGCCCCGGAGGUUGGCUUCAAUGGGUUGACUGUGCAGGACAUGAGGCCACCGUUCAAGGAGUUGCCAACGAGCAGGAAAAGGCAGUUGGCGCCAGAUCAUAUCUUGAACAUUUCAGCGAGACUGCCGUUUAUUGUGGAAAGACACCAAAGCAAGUCCAACAUCACCUCCCUUUCGAGUCAAACGAGUUGAAGAACAUCUUCCAAACCAGCGGGCUGAUCAACUGCCAAGAGCAUAUUUACCCACUCACAGAGCCAGCAGCUCGGGAUGAGCUCAAUUUUGCCGUUCUCGAAGGUGUUCAAAACACGCUCCUUGCGGCGCUUGAGUCGGGGUAUCGGAAACGGGUCAAGUCCAGGACGGAUGUCGUGAGUGCUAGACAGGCUGCAGAGAACGACCUACGGGAGCAUCGUUGUUGGUUUACCUACAACGUCCAUGUCGUCAUUGGAAUGAGUCCUCACCAAUGUUCGGAAGAAGUCAUCUCUGCCCGUGAGUGA